GGAGUCUCCUCGAGGCAAAGCCGUCUUUCGCGACAAGCUUCUCGCCCAGACAGAACACGCGCUCUGAGUAGCGGUCUUGACACACUCGAUCAGUCUGGCUGGUGUUUCUUGCCUUGCAAUUAAACAUUGUCUUCACACACUCGAUCAGUCUGGCUGGUGUUUCUUGCCUUGCAAUUAAACAUUGUCUUCACACACUCGAUCAGUCUGGCUGGUGUUUAUUGCCUUGUAAUUAAACAUUGUCUUCACACACUCGAUCAGUCUGGCUGGUGUUUCUUGCCUUGCAAUUAAACAUUUGAUCGGUGCGGUGCGGAACGUUACAUCGGUGCAGUGAGUGUAUAAAAUAUUUAAAUUGGAGCAGUGCGUGUGCAAGACAUUUGAUUCUUACAGUGCGUGUAUUCAAAUUUACAUCGGAUCGGUGGGUGUGCAAAAUAUUUUCAUCUAAUGAGCAUGUUUCGUUGACUGCGUCCAGCGACAGGCUUAAUUACAGUGAAGAGUGCAAGAGAUAUAUAUGAGCAACAACAAAUCUUCAUGGCAGUGCAAUAAAUCUGAAAAUAAACCCAAGUUUAUUAACAUAAACCAAUAAACGAAUGACGAGCAAAUAAAAAAUUCGUGUGUCAAGAAAUGAACUGAGAGACGAAUAGAAAGGGUUUUUACGACAAGAACACAAUAGCUGGAUGAAAAGUCAGUGUGGGCAUUAAGACAACAAAAUAGCAGAAGAGCGGUGUUUGCGGCCGGCAACAGGAAUGUACCUUGGCAACCACAUCAAGUUCAUUCCAGUUCCAAGCAGUGCUGACCCAUCAACAGAAAAAACGUUUCCAUAGCUUAAGAGAAAGUUCCGACACUUGCACGACUAUUUAUGAGCAGAGUUUUAAAUUAGACGUGACAGAAAAUAAAAUAAAAUAUUGAUAAAUAUAAGAAAAAAUUUUAUGAUUUCUAGAAACCCUUCAAGUUAUUUCAAGUUUCAACUCUAAAUUAGCAACGGAAUUAGCGACUUUUUCGCAGUGAUCGUCGGAUUGAGUAUAGAAAAUCUAUCACACAGUGCCUAUAUCAGAACAGUAGUGUUCAUUAUCAUAAAUCAUAUAAUAAUAGAAGUGUUCAUUGCAAUAAAGUAUAUCGGAACAAGAAGUUUUCACUAUCAUAAAGCAUAUCCCAACACUAGUGUUCAUUAUCAUAAAGGAUAUCGGAACUGGAGUGUUCAAACAUUCAAAAUAAACAGAAAUUAUCAGGAAGUAAAGUCAGAUUAGAUAAAUUCCGAAAUUAAAUUAGAAGCAUAUAGAUUUUCUUUGAAUCUGCCAUCCAACAAUAAUAAUAAUAAUAAUAAUAAUGGGUCGAAUAAUGGGUAAAUACACAAACCGGCAAAUUGCAACACUACUGAUCAUUGGACUGGCAGAUUUCUGCAGCGCGAUCUGCGUAUCUCUGCAGGCCCCAUUCUACCCUGCGGAGGCCGAGGCGAAAGGCGCUACUGCAACACAAUACGGCUUGGUUUUUGGUAUUUUUGAAUUGGUGGUGUUCAUUGUAAGCCCAAUCUACGGCGAGUACAUAUCAAAGAUUGGAGCCAAGUUUAUGUUCAAUGCUGGCAUAUUCAUUACCGGAUCGACAUGCAUUCUAUUCGGCUUCCUAAAUCAUGUCCAGGAUACUAAAACCUUCGUGACUCUUUCGUUCCUGGUCCGGAUUGUAGAAGCGCUUGGAAACGCAGGAUUUCUAACCGCAGCUUUCAGCAUUAUAGCUAAAGAAUUUUCGGACAAUGUAAGCGUGACGUUUGCAGCGCUUGAGACCUGCUUCGGGGUGGGCCUAAUCGUAGGUCCCACUGUUGGUGGGGCUCUGUAUGAACUUGGAGGCUACACGCUACCCUUCGUGUGCAUGGGCAGCCUUCUUCUUACAGCUGCAGCGCUAACAUUCUUCUUACUUCCUUCGGCGGACGGACCUUCUGAAACAGACAGUUUGCACGGCGGAUCGCAAAUGAUAGAAUUGCUUAAAAUUCCUCCUGUAGCUCUCGCAGCCUUCUCGAUCAUUGCCUCCUCCAUCAGCAUCGGGUUCGUCCAAGCCACUUUAGAACCACAUUUGCGGCCGCUACAGCUAUCACCUUUUCAAACGGGGCUAGUGUUUGUUCUGAACGGCGCUACGUAUGCCGCGUCUGCGCCGAUUUGGGGGAAACUUUGUGACAAAGGAGUGCCACCGAUCAUCAUUUCACUCAUUGGAUCACUGACAGUAAUCGUAGCUUUUAUACUGCUUGGCCCCGCGCCGUUCUUGCCCAUUAAGGAAUCGUUGGGCCUUUGCAUUGCUGCUCUCAUAAUCCACGGAUUUGGGUUUGGAGCCCAGCUCGUGGCGACAUUUGGUGGAGCACAUAGAGACGCAAUAGCCUAUGGGAUGCCAAACAACCUUACCACAUAUGGACUUGUGUCUGGCAUGUGGACUUCGACCUUCGCACUGGGAGCCUUCAUCGGUCCCUCUAGCGCAGGAGUGCUGCUUGACGCCGUUGGCUUCAGCUACGCAAGUCAGUUUAUCGUUGGACUGCACGCCUUGGUAGUUAUUCUCAUUAUCAUAUGUAGCUACUGUUGUACGAAGCCUCCUGGGAAGCCGAUAUACAGGAAUCUGGACGAGGAAGCCUACACAGAAGAGACGCAACUCAACAGACGUUCGUGGGACUCGACGUACGGGAGCCUCAACUCGGAGCCUUCGUCCUCCAGAUCCACAAGUUGCGGUGACUCCAGAGAAUCUUUAAACGCAGAAAUUAUUUUCAAAUGAAUGCAACUUAUCCUAUGUUUAAUUAUAAGCUUUGACUAUUCAUUGUGGUAAUCUUUAGUUGAAUGAUGGCAAUUAAAUGAUUGUUAUGCGGUGAGUUCGUGUACUUGUAAUCUAACAGAGCCGCAAACUGUCAUUCUUAUAAGAAAUAUUGCAAAACAAUACCUGAAGCAGCGUGAUGACGAUAGAUAUGUAAAAUUGAGAUAAAAUUUUCAAUCACAAUAAAUAUAAAUAGUUUCCGUUUAUAGGGUUUUUAGCAGUAAUUUGAUUUGUAUGUGUGUGGUGCAGGUUUAUCUUGCUUAGUGUUAGGGAAUGUCGGUACGAAAUAUGCUUGAAUACAUUUCUUGUUGGAAGGAUGUAGGAUGACAUAAUUAGUACGUGCUCAAGUGAUAUUUUACAAAAUAAUGAAUAAAAACAGUAA